AUGGUUAGGGUAAAGCAUAGGUACAUCUUGUUCGAGAUCAUAUAUCCACCAACCAGUAACACCGAAGCACUACCCACAGAUCCCAAUGAAGCGACACAAUUCACAAGUUCAGAAAGGAAUGCCUUGCUAACCCUCCAUCGAGCAUCACCAUCGAAUAUCAAUCACAAGACCAUACUCCAUGCAAUUCGAAAAUCAUUACAAGAAUACUAUGGCGAUUUUGGAUCAGGAUCAGCAGGGAUGUUAAUGACGCUAAAAUAUUUUUCUAACAAGACAUCCACAGGGAUAAUGAGAUGUGGGCGAGCUCAAUUUGAAACUAUUGUUGCAGCAAUGAGCUUAGUGACUAAGAUUGAAGAUCAGAAUAUCACCUUUAGCUGUGCUCAUAUUAGUGGUACUAUUAAGAAGUGUGAGGAGUUUAGUAUCAAGCGUUCUAAGGAGUUGAUGAGGAGAAUUGAUGGUCCAAAAGGAAAACUUCUAACAAUAUAA